AUGGCCAGCCGUCGGAUAAUUGAAACAGUUGAUAGAAGCUUCAGAGAUAUACUGGACAUUAAUGAACCGUUUGGUGGAAAAGUAAUGGUUUUCGGAAGAGAUUUUUGUCAAGUACUUCCAGUAAUUUCAAAAUCUACAAGGAUUGAAACGGUAAAUACAAGUUUGGUAAAAUCAUACUUAUGGAAUUAUAUGGAAAGGAUUAAGUUAACAAGAAAUAUGAGAGCAAGAGCAGAUCCAUCUUUCAGUGAAUUUCUACUGCAUAUAGGUAAUGGAGAUGAGCCUACAAUAAGAGAUAAUUUGGUACUUCUUCUAACAGAAAUGGUUAUUCAAAAUACGAGCAGUAGUACUGGUGAAAAUACAUUGGUAGAACAUAUAUUUCCAUCUAUGGGUAAAAAUGCAAGUUGUGCAAAAUACAUGACAGAACGGGCUAUUCCAGCAAACCAAAAUGAAUAUGUUGAUCAACUAAACGAAAUGUUAAUUUUCAGAUUUUUAGGUGAAAGUAGGACGUUUCUGAGUUUCGACUUUGCAGAAGAUGAUACUAAUAAUUAUUAUCAGGAAGAUUACUUAAAUAUUCUCACACCAAAUGGUCUCCCUCCACACAGAUUGUGCACUUUAGGAAGUCAUACGUGGUAUUUGGUUAUCACUUUGAUGUAA